AUGGCUCCGGUCGCGAAGCAGUAUGACUACAUCGUCAUUGGAGGAGGAUCAGGGGGAAGUGGUGCCGCCCGCAGAGCCAGUGGAUGGUACGGCGCCCGGACAUGUAUCAUUGGUGCUGGGAUGUCUGGGGGCUGCUGUGUGAACGUCGGAUGUGUGCCCAAGAAGAUGACAUGGAACUUUGCAUCCAUCAAUGAAGCCAUGAAGGCGGGCCAACAUUACGGCUACAAAUACGGAGAUGGCAAUUCGUUUGACUUUGCGAGCUUUGUCGAGAAAAGAGAUGCUCGAAUAAAAGUGCUGAAUGGAGCGUAUGAGAACAAUUGGGCCAAAGAAGGAAUCGAAUUGAUCCAUGGCACAGCAACAUUCGUGGGAGAACAUGAAAUGGAAGUGAAAUCCAACGAUGGAAGCGAACCGUUCCGAGUCACGGCACCGCACAUCACCAUUUCAACGGGCUCAUACCCGACGAUCCCGGCCAACAUCAAAGGCUCAGAAUACGGAAUCACGUCCGACGAAUACUUCUUGAUCAAACACCUGCCGAAGAAGAUGGUGUUCGUCGGAGCCGGAUAUAUCGCAGUCGAGCUUGCCGGAGUGAUGAAUGCGAUUGGUGUUGAGACGCAUAUGUUUAUCCGAGGCAACACUUUCUUGAGAAAAUUCGACCCGAUGAUUCAGGAGACCAUGACCAAGCACUACGAAGACUUGGGCAUCCAUGUGCACCGGAAUCAUCCGGGAAUCAAGGAAGUCAUUCAACUGAACCCAGCCCAGGAUGAGUCCGAUCCGCGAGAGAAACAACUCAAGCUCAUAAUGAAUGACGGGACGGAAAUGAUGACCAACGAGCUGUUAUGGGCCAUUGGACGGACUCCUGAGACACGGGGCCUUGGUUUGGAGAACAUCCCCAUCCAGCUCGAUAAAACUGGUCAUAUUGCAGUCGAUAAAUUUCAAAACACGUCUGUCAACGGUGUCUACGCCCUAGGAGACGUCACGGGCCAAGUCGAACUUACCCCGGUCGCCAUCGCAGCGGGCAGAAUAUUGGGAAAUCGCCUUUUUGGACCUCCCGAGAUGAAGAAUUCUUUCCUCGACUAUGACAAGAUUCCGUCCGUGGUGUUUUCACAUCCAGAAGUCGGAACUACUGGUUUGACCGAGCCGCAAGCCAUCGAAAGGUACGGCAAGGAUAAAGUCAAAAUCCAUCACACCAAGUUUUCGGCCAUGUACUACGACGUAUUCCCACCAGAGGAAAAGAAGAAAGAGCCGACAGAAUUCAAGCUCGUGACGAUACUGCCUGAUGAGAAAGUGGUGGGACUGCAUAUCUUGGGCAAAGGCUGUGAUGAGAUGAUGCAAGGCUUUGGACUUGCCGUCAAGAUGGGCGCAACAAAGAAAGACUUUGAUAGCUGUGUGGCCAUUCACCCGACCAGCGCAGAGGAAUUGGUGACUCUGAAAUAG